AUGAUCGCUAUGGUUGGGAUCGCGUUACCAAACCUCUAUCUACGCGAAGCACAAGGGGAGCAUCUUAGCAUGACCGAAAACAUAACUACUACCUUUGAAAUGCUUCGAGGUGAUAUCGGUAUGUGCCACAUGCAAAACCCCGAGCUAGAUGCCGAAACGGCCGAAGCUAUCGAUCAGCCGAACAUGCUAAACGCUGCCACUUUCCAAUCAGACUUCGAAGACAGCAAGGCAAAAAAAGCUGCCAUUGAGCUUUUGAGGUCCUAUUUGACCGAGUUUGAUAUAGCCCUCACCCAGCAGCCAUCCUGCCUAGCUACUAUAUGUACAAACGGGAUUGUUGAUCGGCAACGAACACGACAGCCGUUCCAGCCGUUCAUAUGCAUGCAUUGGGAUGUCCUACUGAAUGAGUUGGGAAGCCAGUUUUGGUGGGCUCAAGGGUCGGGAAUGAUGUUGAUGGCUGAGUUGUUGGAUGAACUACAAUGCCGAGAGAACACAGGAUGGAGGUGUGCAACGCAAUGGCCGCAGCUGAAAACGUGCAUAUAA